AUGACUGACGUCCUCGCCGCCAAUGAGAAGGGCGAGGUUGGCAACGAGGGCCAUAUCGAGGCCGAGGUCACUCGCUUGGCACAGCAACUUACACGCCUAUCUAUCUGGCGUCUCUUGCUGCUGUUGGGUCAAGGAAUAGCUCCUGCUUUUCAGUCUUUGGAGAACCUUGACAUAGCUGAAGAUUUCCUCAUUGGCACUGGACUUCGGUACCGUCGCCCGGAUGGCAUGCUGGCGUCGGGAGGCAAGCAGCAGCAGAUCCAUAAAUUCAACGCGUCAGAUUCGCCUUACUUUGCCUUCAUGCUUUCGAUCCGGUCCGGUGGUGUUGGCAUCAACCCCGCCACUGCGGUCACAGAGAGUCCGUGCAGCAAAUCUCGUGGUUGGGAGUUGCAAUCCGGUCGACCGUCCUGUCCUUCACCUAACCAGGACAAGGAAGCUGAGCCUGAGCAGCCUCCCAUUGAUGAUGGACACGUCAGAUCGCAAUAG